AUAAUAAUAAUAUAAAUCGAAAAAGGCCUAUAGAUCUAAGGCGAAUUGAUUCCUCAAAACGCUCCUCCCCGACUCGUGGGUCGUCGCCUACGCCGCUAGGGUUUGCUCGAUCGAAAUCGAGGUCGAGCUCCUCACUUUUCCCACCUCACAUCCCUCGUCCUCGCUAGGGUUCAAGCGUUUUCGCUCUCCUCUUCAUCCCAGAUUUAUGAUGAGGAGGUACAGCCCACCUUAUCGUAGUCCUCCCAGGAGGGGCUAUGGUGGUAGGGGAAGAAGUCCACCAAGGAGGGGCUAUGGUGGGUACGGUGGGCGAAAGGAACCAAGCCAUGGAAGCCUUUUGGUCCGAAACAUUCCGUUAAGUUACCGGCCUGAGGAUAUUCGUGUUCCUUUUGAAAGAUUUGGACCUGUCAGGGAUGUUUAUUUGCCAAGGGACUACUACACUGGGGAACCUCGAGGUUUUGCGUUCGUGGAGUUUGUUGACCCAUAUGAUGCAUCAGAAGCACAAUAUCACAUGAAUCGUCAGCUUUUUGGCGGUAGAGAGAUUACUGUUGUUGUCGCUGCUGAGACGAGGAAAAGACCUGAGGAAAUGCGCAGUAGAGCAAGAAUUAGAGGACCUUCUGGUGAUGGCCGUCGUUCUUCUUAUUAUGGACGAUCUCGUUCUCGUUCAGUAUCUCGUUCACGUUCUCCUCGCUACUCUUCUAGGGCUCGUCCUCGCUCAAGCAGAUCCAACUCUCCUGGGCCGAGACGCCGGGGUGACUACUCUGCUUCUCCACGGAGAAAAGGGUCGCAUCAUGCGAGAUCACCAAGGCAUCAUGAGCCAAAAGAGCGUGAUGAGGAUAGAAAUCGCAGGUCAUAUUCUCCCAGAGGCAAGAAUGGUCACCAACGUGAAUCUGACAACGGUUUUGAUGAGAGAUUGCCGCGGCAUAACUCUGGCUCGCCUCCUGGAUCUCGCUCUAGGUCUGCCGACUUGUCCCCUGGCCCUAGCAUUUAAUGCAAGGAUCCAUCGCCCCUAGUUUUCCAUGCACCAUCAGCUUGCUGGUAUUAAGUAAUUUCUGCUGGCGAACAACUAUAGUAAAUUCUUGUUUGUUCAUGUGCCGUGCAGCUGUUGAAUCUUUAUUGCUUAUUUCGUGGAGCGUCUGCUGAUAUAUGUUGAGCGAGGAGACUCUUAAUUUGGUGUUUUCGUCAUGAACAGCCAAGUUCGUAGUAGUUAUAUGCAACUUAGAAAAAGUUAUGUAUGACAUGCAUUCUGCGCUUUUGUGUGUUUAGUUUCCGACUGUUUGGUUGCUUCCACACUUGGAAAGUGGAGGGUUUGAAUCUUUGGUAAUCAUGCUUUAACUAAAUUUGGGGAUCCUGCUUUAUUAAUUGCGCACUUUAAAUGGUGCUGUGGCACCGCACGCAUUUUAUGAAA